UAUCCAUUUUCAAUGAUAAUUGGUAUUCCACUUCGUGAUUGUCUUGUGUCAUCAAAACUUAUUGGAAUAAAAACUAGUUUGAAUGAAUUUAUUGCUUAUCAAGAACUCGGUAAAAUACGUCAAUUACGUAAUGAACUUAUAUUAAAUAAUACAUUUCCAUUAUAUUUAAAUGGUACAUUAACAUUACCAAAUGAUGUUCCUAUGUUAUGGGAUGACACUUCACCGAUUAUUUUAACUUAUGCUUUAUGUGGCUUUGCUAAUUUUGGUUCGAUGGGUGUUGCAUUAGCAACACUUGGAGUUUUUGCUCCUACACGAAAACGUGCUUUAACAAAAAUUGCACCACGUGCUUUGAUUGCUGGUAGUAUGGUUUCAUUAAUGACAGCAUCGAUUGCUGGUCUACUUUAUGAUACUCGACAUGUAACAGUACCAAUAUUAAAUUUAAAUUCCACACAUGUAUAG